GAGGGGAAGGGUGAUGAGGGGCCGCGCGGCUUUCCCAUCCCCUGGGACUGCUGCCUUUAAAAGCUGCAGGGGAGCCCGGAUUGGGGUCAUCUGCUCUUGCGUGCAAUCCAGCGAGAAGGGGGACUUUGAACUCCGAACCCAGGACUCCGGGCUCCCAGUUCAGUUCAACUCUUAACGCCCAAGGUCGGCGUCCAUCUCUAGCAAGAACAGGAUUGGCACGUCAGUGAACAUCUGACCCAGCUACGCCUCAGAUCUCCAGGCUAAGUCUGGUGGGCAGACCACAGACUCUACCAUGCUUCUUCUCCUCCUGGGCCUGAUGGCUGGAACCUGCCUCUCCUCCUUUGUACCAGAGAAAGAGAAGAAUCCUCAGUAUUGGAGGGACCAGGCACAGCGGACCCUCCAGCAUGCUCUAGAGCUCCAGAGCCUCAACACCAACAUAGCCAAGAAUGUGAUCUUGUUUCUGGGAGAUGGAAUGGGGGUGUCCACUGUGACCGCUGCCCGGAUCCUCAAAGGCCAGCUUCACCACAUGCCCGGAGAAGACUUCCAGCUUGAAAUGGACAAAUUUCCUUUUGUAGCUCUGUCCAAGACAUACAACACCAAUGCCCAGGUUCCUGACAGUGCUGGCACGGCCACCGCCUACCUCUGUGGAGUGAAGGGCAACGAAGGCACCCUUGGUGUGAGUGCUGCUGUCAUCCGGUCACAGUGCAAUACUACAAGAGGCAAUGAGGUCACCUCCAUCUUACGCUGGGCCAAGGAUGCUGGCAAAUCUGUUGGCAUUGUGACCACCACCCGAGUGAACCACGCUACGCCUAGUGCCGCCUAUGCACACUCUGCAGAUAGGGAUUGGUAUUCUGACAACGAGAUGCCCACCGAGGCCUUGAACCAGGGCUGCAAGGACAUUGCUCACCAGCUCAUCCACAACAUCCCCGAUAUUGAGGUAAUCAUGGGUGGAGGCCGGAAAUACAUGUUUCCUAAGAACACAACUGAUGUGGAGUAUGGGGAUGAUGAGAAGGCAAGAGGGACAAGGCUGGACGGGCAGUUCCUCGUCAAUGUCUGGAAGGAAAAAAAGCCUCGGAACAAGAAUGCCCACUAUGUCUGGAACCGCAUGCAGCUGCUAGAAUUGGAUUUGGACCGUGUGGACUUCCUCCUAGGGCUCUUUGAGCCAAUGGAUAUGACGUAUGAACUCAACAGAAACAAUCAGACAGACCCAUCCCUGACCGAGAUGGUGGAGGUGGCCAUCAGGAUCCUGAGAAGGAACCCCAAGGGCUUUUUCCUGCUGGUAGAAGGGGGCAGGAUCGACCAUGGCCACCACGAGGGAAAAGCAAAACAAGCUUUGCAUGAGGCGGUGGAGAUGGACCGAGCCAUCGGGCAGGCCGGCACCCUGACCUCGCUGGAGGACACCCUCACUGUGGUCACAGCUGAUCACUCCCACGUCUUCACCUUUGGUGGCUACACUCCCCGGGGGAACUCCAUCUUUGGGCUUGCUCCCAUGUUGAGUGACACAGAUAAAAAGCCCUUCACCUCUAUCCUGUAUGGCAAUGGACCUGGCUACAAGGUGGUAGCUGGCGAGAGGGAGAAUGUUUCCACUGUGGACUAUGCUCAUGACAAUUACCAGGCCCAGUCAGCGGUACCCCUGCGCCAUGAAACCCACGGAGGUGAAGAUGUAGCUGUGUUUGCCAAGGGCCCUAUGGCUCAUCUCCUGCAUGGCGUCCAUGAACAAAACUACGUUCCACACGUCAUGGCCUACGCAUCCUGCAUCGGGGCCAACAAGGACCAUUGCCAGCUAUCAUCAGCAGCCAGGCUGGGCUCACAACCAGCACUGUUCCCAGGCCUUCUGACCGUUUUCCUCCUGCUCAGCCUCUUCUUCUAAGGCCAGCUGUAUCCAAGCCCAGGACAGCCGGCUUACCACCCAUAGCUGGGGCCCCUUUCUGACACUGCCCUUGAUGCUCACUGGGCCUGAAGACUCAACCCCCAUCAUCAACCUUGCUUCCGGAGCGCCUCAGGGCAAAUGUCCCAUGUCAACAUGGGGCAGAGUGAUCAGGUGGCAGUGGUUGAAGGCCCCACUGCUGCCCAUGGCUACAGGCUGCCAUGCUCCAACCCCUAGAAGGAACUUAGGGGACGCCACAAUACCGAAGUCUGAGGCCCAACUCGUUGCCCUCUGGGGCAUGAACUUUAAAGCAACAGAAUCCCCAACAAGGGGGAACAGGGAGCAGUGCAGGCCUGUUCCAUCAAUCAGCUGGGUCUUUCCCUACAACUACUCUGGAGAAAAAAUGAACAGGACAAGCACCCUGACUGACACAUGGGUCCCCUCACUCCCGUGGUCCCCUAGGGAAAACUCAGACCUGGGGAAAUGCCCAGAGCCUCUUAUUUUGAAAACAGAUCUUCUUUUACCCUCGAGGAUGCUGAUGGUUUCUUCCUCACCACAUGGUGUGAAACAGAUUCCUCACCCUUGCCCUGGGGAGUCACCUUGUCCCUUCCUCUGGCCCCACAUUUUUAGCCCAUGAGCCUCACCAGGAGGGCAAGUGGUACCUGCAGAGGGCCUAGCUUGUCUUCCUUGGCAGUACCAGGACAUGCCAGUCCCCUGGGCUUAGGCUAGGUGUAGGGGACGGACGUGGUUCCAAAGGAGGAGCAGUCUCUUCUGUAGGUCUGCAGCCUGGAUCUUCACCCUCUAGAGAGGACAAGGCCCAGCUCCCUCCAGC